AUGUGGUGGGAAGAUCGUUUUUCACCAAUUCCCGAAGUGGGGAGGAACUAUGUCCUUAGAAUAUGGACAUUUGAAAUUCUGCUACUUUCUGGACAAACUAGACCCAGUCAAGAUGCAGGCUACCUUUCACAUUUUAACCUCUUCAUUUUCUGUCUAUUUCUUUAUUUGAUCCCAUUUUACGUAUAUUGCUUGCCCUUUUUCUUUCUUCCUUUCUUUCUUUCUUUCUUUCUUUCUUUCUUUCUUUCUCUUCUUCUGCUGCGCCUUCUUUCCUUCUUUUUCUUCUUCUUCUUCUUCUUCUUUCUUCGCCGUCUUUUUUUUUUCUUCGCCCAUAAGCUUUAUUCCUUUUCUUUCUUUCUUUUUUCUUUCUUUCUUUUUUCUUUGAUUUCAUUUUGCGCAUAUUCGUUCUUUCUUUCUUCUUUCUUUUUUUUUUUCUUUGGUAUCCUUUUACGCAUAUCCUUUCUUUCUCUGGUCACUUUUUACGCAUAUUCGUUCGUUUUUUGUUCCUUUUUUUCCUUUUCUUUGGUCUUUUAUUUUUAUUUAUAUUCUUUCGUUUUCUUUGAUCUCAUUUUACGCAUAUGCUUUCUUCUAUCUUUCUCUGACCUCAUUUUAUGCAUAUUCUUUCGUUCUUUUUCUUUCGUCUCAUUAUACUCGUAUUUUUCUUUGGUCCAAUUUUAUGCAUAUUCUUUCUUUCGUUCUUUCUUUCUUACCCGCACCUGUAUAAAUACGCGCACACAAACGUAUCUAUCUAUCUAUCUAUCUAUCUAUGUUAAUAUGUUCAUUAUCUAUCUAUCUAUCUAUCUAUCUAUGUUAAUAUGUUCAUUAUCUAUCUAUCUAUCUAUCUAUGUUAAUAUGUUCAUUAUCUAUCUAUCUAUCUAUCUAUCUAUCUAUCUAUCUAUGUCAGACUGUUCAUUAUCUAUCUAUCUAUCUAGUACUCUACUCACAAUCUAUCUAUCUAUCUAUCUAUCUAUCAUAUCAUAUUGUGGUGAAUGA